UUUACUCCAGCAGAGUUAGUGAGGGGAAAGGCAGAGCUGCUGCCCACUGUAGGCCUCCAGGAUGAGCGGUGGUGGCCAGGGGCAUUGGCCCCUCCUCGGCAUGACCUCUGUGGUCCUGAUUCUGUGUUUCCAUCUGCCAGGUGUGGCCUCCAGAUGUAUUGACAUGGCACUUGGGCAAGACCUACAGCCUCUGCCGCCAGGUGUGCAACGCUGCUCUUUGCCCAAGGGGCUCCUUCAGCCUGAUGUCUCGCCACCUGGGCAACAAAUGGACACCAAAGAUGGGGGAGAGAGCCGUGUCGUGGGUGGAAGUCCUGCGACUUCAGGGGGAUACGGAGGCGGGUCUCCUGCAUAUCCUCCCGGUGCAUAUCCUCCUGGAAACCCAUCCCCAUUUGGCAAGCCAGACAAACCCUGGCCAUUUGGUACGCCGGGGAAGCCUGCCUUUGGGGGUGUCUCUGGCCAAUAUGGCAGACCAAGUGGUCCUGGACAGUAUGGGGGUCGUGGUCCUGGACAGUACGGGGGUCCUGCGAAUUACGGCAGGCCAGACGGACCCAGCCAGUACAGUGGGCGAUACGGGGACGGUGUUUAUCGGCCACGGGUGGAGAUGAAGCCCCCUGGUAUCCCCUACAUACCGUCUCCUAAGGAGUGGGGUGGUGGCCGCAUCCCAGUAUCGAAGGACAACCCUAACUAUGGCGGCGCUCCUUUUGGUGGUGGAGCAGGUUCCUAUAACCCAGCGGAUCAGUACCCACCCAGCUAUGGUGGCCCUUCUGGGUUAUCAGGGCCGAGGGGCAGAUACGAUGGCAGUUAUGGCCCCGUACCCUAUGGUGGGCAGCCUGAUGGUGGGCAAACUAAAAUAGACACUAGUGAUCCUUGCACUCCAGAAUGUUAAGACAGAGGCAGGUCGGUCUAGACCCCAGGCAUUCAGGGGGAACUGGAGAGAACAUCUGGAUUCUGCCUCCAUUCUCCAGGGAGGGAAUACCGGGCAGAGAUAAAUGCGAGUGGUAACUAAAUUCCUCUGGGAGGGGCAUGAUGCACUACUUACGGUAGUAUUUUCUUAAAACUUGUGAACUUGUGCCUACGCCUUACAUUUUAUAUAAAAACUAAAAACUUCCAUUAGAUUCAGACAUGUCGAGCGGUUACAAUUCCUAACCAAAGGAUUCUGCGAAUAGUAGUUUAGGCAAAGGUACUAGAAAUAGCGAAUCAAAAUUAAUAAUACCCUCCGCAAAACUGUGGUUCCCAGGAUCCAUGGCAAUUCAUACAGUUUCGUGUUGUUAUUGCUAGCUAUGUCCUUCCAGGAUUUGUACUGUGGUUAUGGUCUGCCGACCGCCAGGUGGGGCCUGGAUAUCUCCCAGAAUUACAACCGAUUUCCUGAUUACUGCUUUGAAUGCUGGAUCGUAUGGCAUCAUACCCUGCUGAAGACCCUCCCCUCCCCAAACUUCACCCUCCCCAAGGCACCACCAACAAAUCUCCAGGAAUUCCCCAACCUGGAGUUGGCAGCCCUAGAAACCCACUGAGUAUACCCACCUUCAGCUACAAACCCUUUUAAAAUUCCUUCCCUGCUCACCCAGCUCAAACACCAUCCCUACAAAGCUUUUGCCUCAUCCUGAGUAGCUUCCAUACUAGUCAUUCAUUCAGGAACUGUCAUUCAUCACUUGUUCACUUAGAUCAUCCAGUUUUAACUGAGAAUACAGCUGAUCCUGUUGGCAGGUCAUUCCAUUGAUUUCAGGAUGGUUGUAUGAACUGCUUGGACCCAGGUUUUCCUUCCACUUCACCUACCCACCUGGGUCUAUCUUCUGCUUGUUUGCAUUUUGCCACCCAAAUACGGUUGUUUGAAAAAUGUAUGUACUGUAAGCCUGGUUGUUGUGGAGGAGGAGUGGAUGGGGGCUGGGUUCAGAUCCUAACCUACCGCACAGAGUUGUUGUGAGGACAAACCACAGGAGGGGAGAACCAUUCGUGCCGCCCUGGGUUCCUUGGGGGAACUGUGGGAUGAAAAUCUAAUAAUUGUCUUUUAUAUGUCUGUUCACCUCCCCCAUGAAGCUCGUGUCUGCGUUUUUUUGAUGCUGUAUUUGUUAAAAUCUUCUGCCACCUCCCUCCAUUGCCCACAUGUCUAUCACCAGCUUCACCUUGGUGCCUUCAGGUCAUUGGAGUGGACCCUUUGUAUUGCUGUUGACCCACAUGUUUGUAUUAAAAUCCUUGUACUGUA